AUGGCAAAAUCAUCCCAUGAAAUUGAGCAUCCAAUUAAGCCAUUUGGAUGGGCAGCUAGAGAUACUUCUGGUGUUCUUUCUCCUUUCAACUUCUCAAGAAGGGCUACUGGGGAGAAUGAUGUACAAUUCAAAGUGUUGUAUUGUGGAAUAUGUCACUCAGAUCUUCAUAUGCUCAAGAAUGAAUGGGAUAAUUCCAAGUACCCUAUUGUGCCUGGGCAUGAGAUCGUGGGAGUGGUAACUGAGGUCGGUAGCAAGGUUGAAAAAGUGAAAGUGGGGGACAAUGUAGGUGUUGGAGUAAUCGUAGGAUCAUGUCGAAAAUGUGAUAGUUGUACCAAUGACCUCGAACAAUAUUGUUCUAGCAGUAUUGGCACGUAUAGUACAACUUACUAUGACAGAACCACCACAUACGGAGGCUACUCCGAUCUCAUGGUGGCCAACGAGCAUUUCGUGCUCUGUUGGCCGGAGAAUUUACUGAUGGAAGCUGCCCCAUUAUUGUGUGCUGGUACCACAACAUAUAGCCCAUUGAGAUAUGUUGGGCUUGAUAAGCCUGGAUUGAACAUUGGUGUUGUGGGCCUUGGUGGGCUGGGCCAUAUGGCUGUGAAAUUUCCAAAGGCUUUUGGAUGA